CAGUGUGCAGUGAGUACACAGGUGGCAGGCCCAGUUCGGCAAGGCUUUAUGCAUGCUACAGCCUCGUCUCCACCCACUGACAACAAGUCAGGAACGCAGAGGUGGAAGACAGACAAGCUACUCAUUUCUGUAACAUUUUGCUUUCAUGGCUUUUUACAAGGAUGACGCCCAGGAGGACGUGAGCGAAUGUCCAGUGUGCUAUGAGAGUCUGUGCGGCACUGAAAGGACUCUAAGCUGUGGACAUGUGUUCUGUCACGACUGCCUGGUCAAAACACUGGUGAGCGUCCACACUAGUGGAAACAUCAGGGACACCAUUGUGUGUCCCAUCUGCAGACACCUCACCUUCAUCAGGAAGCAAAAAGAUGAGCUGCUCACCUUGACGGAGAGGAAAGGGGACCCUGAGGAUGGAGGAGGAGGACAGACCCUGGAAGUCCCCAUGAUGACGCUGCAGCCACCACUGGUCCAGUUUCAGGAGACACCAGCGUCACCCACAGGAGUCAGGUGGAUUAGGAACUGUUUUCAUGGGGUUUCAGAACGCUUCCGUCGGCAGAGACUUAUCAGGCCGUGUCACAGCGCCUCCCAGAUCUUCAUCAUAAGCGCCCAAGGGAGACCCAUGACUGAGGAGGACGCCUUCAGCAUGGUGAUGACUGUGGUGCAUCCACAUCGCAGGCGUAGGUACAGAGUGUGCACCACUGCUCGGUGUCUGCUGGUGCUGCUGUCCACGUUUACAAUGCUCGCACUGGUGGCUGCAAUAUUACCAUGGAUCCUGUUGGCUUGAGAAUGUAGAACAAUAUGUGAAUAUCUUCUUGGGUGGGACAACAUUCCAAAAAGCACCUGCUGUUUUUUUAAACCUUGCAUUCAUUGCAUGUCCUAUCUAUCCUGUACGUGAUUAAAUGCAACCUUGAAAACACUUGCAAUGCAGGAAAAGUGGUGCCGACUGGUGUAAAAGCAGUUCUAUUGUUGUUGGAUACAUGUUUCCAAGCAACAGCCCAUCACAAACGUCCCAUUUUAACUUUCCAUGCAGCUCAAGUGUUUAAAUAAUCAAUGAUGCACCUUCACCUGAAGGAGAUGCUGUAAGGCGAUACACCCCCCCCCCAUAGUGGAGCAUUGAAUUACCCCCGGCAGAUAACUUGAUCUUUGCUGAGAUACUUAGAACUUUACUGUGGCUCUUUAAAGCUGGGACUUGCAUUACUCAACACUGAGAUUCAGAGACAAACGUUUCCUUGUGUCUAAGCGGCAUGCAUCCCGUUUGGCCAGUCUUACUUGUUACCAACUGAACCCAACAUACCUGCUUUCUCUACAUGGAGUGAGUCGAGGGGAAGGUUAAAAAACAGAUUUUCUCUGUUCACAUGCUGUAAUUGAGCUUACAGUUUACAAUCUUGUUGCAAUUAAUUCAUUGUAUAGUUAAAAAGUGAAUUCUGUGUCUCACAAGUGUAAAAGAACUGUGGAAUAAAACUAAAAUAAAGGGAAACUACUUUGCGGAGCGAUACAACUGUCACUUAGUGGCCUUUUAUUGGUAUUGCUGGAAUUGAUACAGUAAGUGUUGUGAAUGUUAGCAAAUGCUGACAAAUGAUAUUUAGUUAAUACCACUUUAGACUUCUUUUAGAUCAGGGUCCCGUGUGCCCCGGAGGUCCUUUUCGGCCCACAGCUUGUUUUUUAUUGGCAUAUUCCUAAAUUGAUAUUAGUUAAUAAUAAGAUAUACCAUUAGAUAUUAUACAAAUAUAUUAUUAUAUUACACAAAUAACAAUUUGCUUAUAUUGAUUGAGAUUUCAUUGGUUUUAGCAUUUUUAAUGCACAAAAUGUGAAAAAUAUCAGUGGUCCCUGCAUCCUUCCAAUAUUUUUGUAUACGGCCCUUGGUUGAAAAUGUUUGGGGAAUUGAUGACCUCACGCAUGACAGCUGAAAUUCCACGUUUUGAACUCCGAGUUGUUCCGUGUGGAAAUAGCAUGAUGGAAUUUUCAGUCAUUUUUUUGCUAGAAUGUAGAAUAUGUAUUCAUCCACAGUAAUGAUAUUUUUAAUUCAUA